UAUUUUUCUUCCCUUUUUUUAUGGAGCAUUUCCUUAUAUUCCUUUUUCACCCAAAAUUAAAAAAAAAAAGUUACUGUGGGGGAAUGAAACAAAGUUACUGUGGGGGAAUGAGGCUAUUUGAUUUGACUUUUUUGUAGGAUGUGGUUGUGGGAAUUGAAUGAGAUUUCUUAAUUUUCAUUUUUUGGUUUUGGUUGAAAUUCCCUUUGUCUUUCUCAUAUAUAGAGGAAGGAGAGAGAGAGGGGUAUGAAUGUGGCCUUAUGUUUAUGCUAGUGUGAGGUGUUUUGAGUAAAUUAAAGAUUACUGUCCUCAUUAAUCACCCCACCCUUUCCCUUAAUUUUUCAUACCUCACCACCCACCAAUUUCAUUUCCAUCAUCUCUCUUUCUCUCACCCCAUUUUGAAGACUCUGUUUUCUCUCUCUAAAUUUUCCCUGCUGUCUGGGAAGGUUUGGGUUUCACAUCUCUGCUUUAUGCUUUGUUUCCUCUCAGAAGGGGGAAAACAGAGGUCUUGACUUUAGAUCUAUCGCUGUAUCUGCUGCUCUUUGGGCUGAUUCCCUGAAGAACAGCAUUGCUAUUUAUUCUACCAUUCAUUUGUUAGGUUCAUUUUUUCGAAUAAAUUUGAUUUUAGCCCUAAUGCAAGGGCCAAGUAGCUCUGUGAGUACUUUGCCUGAAAAUAUAAGUUUUGAUCAUGGCUCCGCGUCGGGUGAUUCUACCAUAGAGUCCCAAAUGCCGUGGACUAGUAUGCAGACCACCGUGCAAAACCGGCUACCAGAUUACAGAAUGUCGUCGUCUAGUGAGACCAAUAAUCAGUAUUUGCAACAUGUGAGGCGUGAGGGACCGAGUGUGGAGUGGAGUGUAGGCGAAACCAGUUCCAGUUCGUCGCAGCGCCUAGGCGAUCAAAAUGAGAGGAAAAUGGAGCAUACUUGGACCUUUGGCCCGAGAACUAACCUUGCCUUAGAAGAGAGGCAAUAUGAACAAUCUGAUAUUCUUUCAUUGGAUAACAUCGAUGUGAACUCACAUGGCAGUCAGAGCGCACACGGUGCUUUUGGUUUGCGCACAUCUAGUUCCAAUGCCCUUCCUCAGGAUCUUAAUAUGAUCUCGGGGUUUGUUGAUUCUGAGGAUGAUGACUGUCAGGUAGUCGAACGUCCCAGCUCCUACAUAUCUAUUGGACCAUCUAACGAGCAGAUGCAAGCUCCCGGCACUUCCUCUGAUUCGUUCAGCAUGCCUCCUGGACGUGGUGGCUAUGUGAUGGAUGAGAGGGAGGACAGGCCGGGUUGUUCCAUGGAUGGGCGACGCAUGUCAUGCAAGCGGAAAGCCCUUGAAGUGCACACAGGACAGUCUUCGGGAGUAGGCAGCUCGAGUUGUUUUCAACACGAUGAAAGAAGCCAAUGGCAUACCAUGCCAGCUGCUCAUGUCGCUGUAAGCAACACUAGUAUGCCCAUGUCGACAGACAAUGAUGCCGUCGUUCAUAAUGGUUCGGAGCCUGCAAACCCGAGGCUUAGGCUUGGUGUUGGAGCAGCUGGUUCUGCACCUCCUUUCUCUUUGACUUCUUCAGGGAAUGCGGAAAGUUCCCGGAGAAAUUUCCGUUUGCGAGUUAAUGGCUUAUACCAACAAGAAUCUUUACCUAACAACCCGUUUUCAACCGAGACUGAUGUUGGAAAUGUAGACGUUUCAUCUUCUCGAUACUCUUCUAGAUUACUCCGUAAUCAUUUAUUUGAUAUGAGCCCGGCUCCCACUGUGGAAAAUGCAACCCUUAACAGCCAGCCAGCCCUGCACGUUCCUCCUGUUCGCCGUCAUCAUCAAUCUAGGUGGAGUGGAGCAUCGAGCUCAAGAAGUAGCAGGUCGUCUGCUGCUGCUGCUGCUGCUGCUGCUGUUUCCGAAGACAGGAUGCCUUUUGGAGAACCUUCGUCAAGACAUAUUCCCAGAAGCAUUUCCGAGCAUCCUAUGUUUGUUCCAGCCAGUGAGAUGGGAAAUUCGUCUCAGAAUCCUACAAACUGGAACUUUCCGGGUGGAAACAAUAGUAUGGCUGGAAAUGCUGCGUCUAGCUCUCGGGCGGGGACCAGCACCGGGCUCAAUGCUUCUGCACCUAGUUGGUCCCAUCGGAACCAUCUUCAGUAUCCUCGGAGAUUAUCAGAGAUUGUACGGAGAUCUCUGUUGCCAAGUGCAGGUGCCGAGGCUGGGGGUCAAAGCGGUAAUCAUGCUGCAAGAUCAGGUUCCUCCGCACUACCACAGGAGAUGGUACUUCCGUCAGGUUCUGAUAGUCAUGGUCAUCGUGCGCUGAACUCGAGAUCAGCAUAUUUGGACAGGCAUCUUGAUGGUGCUUUUGGAGUACCGUAUUCGCUGAGGACUUUGGCCGCUGCGGGUGAAGGAAGAGGCAGUAUAAUGUCCGAGAUUCGCCAAGUAUUGGACCUCAUGCGGAGAGGGGAGGGCCUGAGGUUUGAGGAUGUGAUGAUCCUCGAUCACUCUGUCCUUUUUGGGAUGGCUGACAUCCAUGACCGACACCGGGAUAUGCGACUAGAUGUUGAUAACAUGUCGUAUGAGGAACUUUUGGCCCUUGAGGAGCGCAUCGGAAAUGUGUGCACGGGGCUGACUGAAGAAGCUGUUACGAGCCGUUUGAAGCGACGGAAAUACGUAGCCAGCAAAGCUGACAAUCCAGCUGAGACGGAGCCUUGCAGUAUAUGUCGGGAGGAGUACAACAACGGUGAAGAUCUCGGAGCGUUGGAAUGUGGGCACGAUUUCCAUGCGGACUGCAUCAAGCAAUGGCUCAUGCACAAGAACUUAUGCCCUAUUUGUAAAACAACGGGGCUGACCACCUGAGAGACGGCACCAGCAGCUCUUGGCGCAUAGUUCAUUCAUUCUAGCAGGUAUCAUAUUGGCAAUGUGAGUCCUCAAAGGCAUCGUUGCUCUCGACGUGAUAAGAAAGCUCGUCGUUUUCCCUUUGCUUUCCGCUUCGUAUUUUCGCCUCCUGCCUCCCUAAAUUAUCUUGCUCAUCUCUGGAAGAUACAGUGAUUCUUGAAAAGGAAAUUAGAGAACCUUGUUCAACUUUUAUAUUAUUUUAGUCAGCAAUUGCACAAGAUUAUUGAAUAUUCAACUCUUUUCACAUUCUACUGUUUUCUACAUUUGACAAUAGAUUUAUGAUAUUUUAUUGGUUUUUAUU